AUUUAGUUUUCUUCGUUUGGAACAGAACCGGGGGGAGACUGGGAAAGCAGAAUUAGGGGGGAGAAGCUUCGGAGAGCGCCAAAAGCCCACUCUCCACAUCCGUGCAAGGCCGUUGCUCCGAUUUCCGUUCUCGUUUGCGCCUCUCCUUCCCGUUUCUUUAUGCACUGUCCCCCUCCUCUCUUGCUCGAUCAUUUUCUCUGGUUGCUGCUCACCAGCUGAACGGAGGUGAGAAAUCGGCCGAGCUUGGAGAGGCAGAGCAACCCGAAAAGCAGCAGAAUUCCUUUGUCUUGUUUCUAUCUUUGAUCAGCUGCCGAAGUGCCUUCUUGCUUCCUCGGUUAUUUCAGUUAAUGGGUUCAAAUUUGGCCUAAAGAAUGUUCGAAAUUGAGGAUUUAACUUGCUGUGACAGAAUUGAUUUUGAGGUUCUGUGGUGAUAAUUUGUUUCAGGAGAAAAUGGGUGACAGAAAGGAGAAUGCUACAAUGAUUUCUCGAAUCAAGGAUACAGCUGGCCAUGCUUUGGGUUCGGGUUGUGACAGGGAGGUAGCUCGAAUCCUGGUGGAAUUCCUCGAAGUUGCCAUCACUUCCAUUGUCUUCCUCAAGGGCGUCUAUCCCUCCGGUGCCUUUGAGAGAAGGAGAUAUAAGAACUUGGUGGUUCACAGGGCCCGCCAUCCUCAGCUCUCCCACUAUAUACAUUCUGCUGUUUCAGGGCUUCUGCCUUACAUCGAGAAGGGACUUGUGGAGAGAGUAGCUGUUAUUUUCUCUGACGAAAACAAUGUCCCUGUAGAGAGAUUCAUCUUCAAGCUCGCAGUUAAUCCCUCCUACGGCUCAAAGGUGGACGAUGCUGACCUGGAAUUUGCUCUUCGGUCGUUCUUAAUCAAGUUGCCAGCAUCGGGAUCACUAACAGAGGUUGUUUCCCGAGACUGCAGGUGGGAGAUAACUGCAUAUUUCCGUGGCCUUCCAGAGACCGGUUCAAGUAAAGACGUUGCAUCAUUGUGGAUCCCAACAGACACAAAGCAGUGGCAGCAACCUCCCCUCAUAACUCCGAUCAAGUCCAUGAGUAGUGAGCCCUUGUCCUUGCAGUUAUACCUGGAACAUCCGAGUUUGUCUGAGCCCACGAAUCCGUAACUCAGACCGAGUUUGAGCUUAGGUUUUUCGUGAAUUGGGAACAUUGCCCACAACAGUACUUUUUAUGUAUAAUUUUUAUUACCCGUGACUAGAGGGUGCGGUGCUGAUUUUGAGAUGUAUGAGUGUGUACACUAAUUUUCCGACUAAAUCUAUUAGAUGAUUAGUAGAAUUUAGAAUAUAUUUCUACAAAAA